AAUCAGACCAAAAGUACACGUAAAAUCUAAAUUCUAGAUUAUCUUUUCACCAAGAAAGAUGGACUUUGUGGCUUCAAUGUUCAUGCCUGAUUUAACUGAGGAAGAUGGUUUACUGUUCACUGAUUCUUUUCUUCUUUCGCCGUUGAUAUCAGACCAAAACCAUGAUGUUUGCAAUCCAGUCGCAGACAGAAAUGGUGCAAGGAAUAAGAAACGAAGUUUAUGUGAUACAUAUGGAGAAAGCGAAGCCAACAAAGGGGAUGCUGAUCCAGAAAGCAAAAAGAUGAGACACAGAAACAUUGAAAGGCAGAGAAGAUUAGAAGUUUCAUCUCUUUUCAAAAGUCUAAGAUCUCUUUUGCCAUUUCAAUAUAUCCAGGGCAAGCGUUCGACAGCAGAUCACGUUUCUGAAGCGGUUAACUAUAUCAAAGACUUACAAAACAAGAUUAAAGAACUUACCGAAAAGAAAAAUCGGUUAAAAACAUCCAUACCGGGCACAGUUACGGCUCAGCCCACUACAGAGGAAUGCACUAGUAGUUUAUCAUCAUCAUUGUCAACAUCAUCAUCGAGAUGUUCAUGUGUAGAUGACAAUCACAUUACAUUUAUGGUCAUGCCUUGUUUGGUCGGUAUUGAGAUCAUCAUAAGUUGUUGUCUUGAACGAAACAAGUCUUGUCUCUCGAGAGUUCUUCAAGUCUUGGUUCAAGAAGAAAGGCUUAGGGUUGUCAGUUGCCUCUCAACUAGGAUGCCCCAGAGAUUCGUACACACCAUAGUUUCUCAGGUUGAUCAUGGAAUAAAAAUCAAUAUUUCAGAGCUUAAAGAUAAAAUAGCGAAUAUGUAGCCAUAAAAGAAUGUCUAGGCGGAGUUUCAUGUAUAUUUAUUUGUGUUGUUAGUUACUAAGAUCGUGUUACUUUAGUGUUAUGCUUACUAGGAAACCACCCCGCGCGUAA